CUCAAUUAGACGCUUUUCAGAAAUUUUGGACUCUGGCUACGAAGACGUUGUUUGCUACCUUGUGACAAGUACUGCAUGCGUGUUUUUGAAGAACCAGCCUAAUUUUAAAUACGUUGAUUCAAAUUUAAAACACAAAGGUUUUGUUAAAUUGCAACUUAGUUACAUCUCGUGUGCAAGUAUGACUUCCGCAUCCGUUAUCUGAGAGCUGGCGGGUAUUCCGUUCACGCUGCCACAAUCUUUUUGAAAUGUUAGUUUUCGCUUUAAACAGAUACAGCAAUUGACUACAACUACUCGUUUUAAGAUUGUUUGUCGUUAGGCCUAAUCGUUUAUUUGGUUUUGUAACGGGGUAGGAAGGAAGGCCUCGCAUCUUAAGCAUUGUAUCAACUAUGUCGCUGAUAUCUACGGUUAAAGAAAUUAUUAAGAUUUAUAAAGACGAACAAACCAAGCUCAACGAUUCUAUUCAGCUCUAUAGGGACAUCCUAAACAACCUAACAUUCCAGUCGUUUGAGGAGUCAGAACUUGCAGAAGAUGCUCUUCCAGAUGCUGACUCUUCAUCAAGGGAGCAAGAAGAUAUGGAACUACUUGAAAAAGCACUGGAAGAAGCUUUACGAGUUCGCACAGGCUCAGAUAUUUCAAGAAAAACUUUAAAGUCAAAUGUAUCUCAAAUAAAAAAGGAAGUCACAACUAUGGGCAAAUUGAAUCAAUGUUUACCAACAAAAGGAAGUCAAAAAGCAGCCAUAGCAACAUCUAAACCCCUCAGCUGGGACAAGGAAGGACACAAAACAUCUGCAUCAACAGUUCGGCCCAAAAUAAGUUCAAGAUUAUCAGCAAGCGGCAAAUCAGGAAAGUCCAAAUCCUCAAGCAAAAGAACUGUAAUCCAAAAUCCCCCCUUUUUAGUCCAGACUGAUCAUCGCCAUGCCUCGAGGAAGCUGCAGCAGGCUGUCUCGGCAUCUGCCACUCCUGAUCAGAUCACAACCCUACUCUCUGAAAACAAGACGGAUAGAAGAAACAUGCAGAGCGGAGAUGACCCGAGCAAUGCUGCAUCUGCCUCCAAACUUUCUCCACUAUUUUCAAACACGGACAAGUGUAGCACUCCACAAAAUAGGUUUGUCCCUGAGCAAGCAACAAAAUGGAAAGCAUAUCGAAGCAAGCAAAUCAGAUUGUGGGAAAAAGCCAUUGCCUUGCAAAAUGAGCCCGUUCCUGAGAGGAAUCACUUUGUGGAUCGCAUCAGAACUAUGUUUCCCAAGGAUUGGCCAUGUGGUUCGCCAGAUCAGACCAGGGCUCAACUGGACAGAUUGACUCACAAAGCGUUGGAUCUGGCACACUAUCACCAGGCAGAGAAGAUCUUUGCCAACAAUGCAUCUGAAAUGGAUGCAAAACUGGGUGGCAGACAAAAUGAGAAUGACUCUCAUCAGAGCCGUGAAAGGUUGGAUGUGACCACAGCUGAGCUCCAGAUCCUGGCAGAUGAAGUGAAACAAGAGUGGAAAGCAUGGGAUCAAUGGAGGCCCGAGGGAGGCUGUCUUUGCCCCAGUGGGGCAAACGAUGUGUGGAGAGAUGGGAUAUCUUCACCCCUGCCCCUGAUUAUAACCUGUAAAACAGAGGCUGAACUUCUAGAAGUGGAGAGGCUACGGGCCAGUGUGGCACUUCUACAACAAGAGAUUCACUUGGAACAGGUGCUGUUGGACUCUCUGUCUUCUCACUUUUCCUCCAUUGCCCCCGGGGCUGGAUGUCUCAAACCGAGCAUGCUCAGAGACAUGUACUCUUUGCUGGGUGAAGGAGGGGAACGGUUCCCUGCUAUUGUCCUGGACUCUGAACCCGACUAACAGCCAACCUCAUGAAGUUUGAAAAAAAAUAGGCUUACAUUUGAUGUGAUCCUAACAAUAAACAUGUAAAGACAGGAGAUGGUUGGACAUCCAUAAAAGUAAACAACAAAAUGUCGGUUUAGGAUUUAAAUUGGCGUGUGCUUUCAUUGUGUUGUUUCUGGGUGAAAUUCUUUAAAUACCGUAUGUAAAUGUACAUUUUUACAUUAAAUGUUGCAUGAGGAUUUGA